AACAACAAAAAAUGAGCAUAUAUUCAAAAUUUUAGGUGCCUUUUUGCUACUUUUUGUAAAAAAAAAAAAAAAAAAAAAUCAGUCCCGAUGUCCUCUACCAAUGACGUAGCAAAACUUAUGAAUUAAAUAUCAUUUAAAAAAAUGUUAUGAAAAAAGGUAUUGUUUUGUUUUUUCUAAAAUGUUUUGCCGGAUCUCAAGAAGUAAAAAAAACGAAGAAUCUUGCCGGAGAAAUUAACAUAAGAAACAACAUAAAAAGUAUACACACACAAAAAAACUGAUGGACAGAUGAUGUCCACUGCAACUAGACAAAAGAGGCUGAUGUGACAUUCUGUGUGAGCGCUCUGCGCAUGCGCGCUCAUCCAUCUCUCCCUGACCUCCUCCCGGUUUGUGCUGCGCCGCUGCCGUUGAUCAACCUCUCCCUGAAACCCGCUCAAAAACAUCCACACAGAUCCUGGCACACACAUGAGGCAUGGCAGCUGUCUUCGGGAAGAUCCAGAUCGGCAUUUAUGUGGAGAUCAAGCGCAGUGAUGGAAGAAUCCACCAGGCCAUGGUGACGUCACUGAAUGAAGACAAUGAGAGCGUAACGGUGGAGUGGAUUGAGAACGGAGACACAAAAGGCAAAGAGAUCGAUCUGGAGAGCAUAUUUGCACUUAAUCCAGAUGUUGCACCUGAAGAGGAAAUCCCACAAAGUCCUGAGACCCCUCCGCCGCCCGUGUCCAGUGCCAUCAAAAUCAACAAGAUUCCCCCGAACAAGAAUCGUCGGACAGUAGCGCCACCGAAAAAUGAAAUGCCUGCGAGGGAUAAUCGAGUCACUGUAGGUACGACUCGAGCGCGGCCGAGCCAACAGACCGAAGCGCCUCCAUCAGCACCCGUCCCGCCUCCCCCCAUCCAACACCAGACCCUGCAGCAGCAGCAGAACGCUCGCAGGAAGUCCAACUGCGUGAAGGAAGUGGAGAAACUUCAAGAGAAGCGGGAGAAGAGACGAUUGCAGCAGCAGGAGCUGAGAGAGAAAAAAGCGCAGGAGGUCGAAGCCACAAUCCCUAAUUAUGAAAUCUUGUGCAUGAUCCGAGACUUCAGAGCGAGUUUGGACUACAGGCCGCUGACCACUGCAGAUCUGAUUGAGGACCACAGGAUAUGUGUGUGUGUGCGGACGCGGCCACUGAACAAGAAAGAGCUGACAAUGAAGGAUCUGGACGUCAUCACCAUCCCCAGUAAAGACGUGGUCAUGGUCCACGAGCCCAAGCAGAAAGUGGAUUUAACCAGAUACCUGGAGAACCAGACGUUCCGCUUCGAUUACGCUUUCGAUGACAACUCGACAAACGAAAUGGUGUACAGGUUCACCGCUCGGCCGCUGGUGGAGACCAUAUUUGAGAGAGGAAUGGCCACUUGUUUUGCUUACGGUCAGACGGGCAGCGGGAAAACUCAUACCAUGGGAGGAGAUUUUUCAGGGAAGAACCAGGAUUGCUCUAAAGGGAUCUACGCUCUCGCUGCACGGGAUGUUUUUCUCAUGUUAAAAAAACCGAACUACAAGAAGCUGGAUCUUCAGGUGUACGCGACGUUCUUUGAAAUCUACAGCGGGAAGGUGUUUGACCUGCUGAACAGGAAGGCGAAGCUGCGAGUUCUUGAAGAUGGGAAGCAGCAGGUUCAGGUGGUCGGACUUCAGGAGCGAGAGGUCAAGUGCACAGAAGACGUGCUCAAACUCAUCGAGAUGGGCAACAGCUGCAGGACGUCUGGACAGACCUCGGCUAACGCUCACUCGUCCCGCAGUCACGCCGUGUUUCAGAUUAUCCUCCGCAGGAGGGGCAAAAUGCAUGGUAAAUUCUCUCUCAUUGACCUGGCAGGGAAUGAGCGAGGGGCGGACACGUCCAGCGCUGACCGACAGACACGUCUCGAGGGCGCCGAGAUCAACAAAAGUCUCCUGGCGCUGAAGGAGUGCAUCAGGGCUUUGGGACGAAACAAGCCACAUACUCCGUUUCGAGCCAGUAAACUCACACAGGUCUUAAGAGAUUCCUUCAUCGGAGAAAACUCUAGAACAUGCAUGAUCGCUACAGUCUCUCCUGGAAUGGCAUCAUGUGAAAACACAUUGAACACUUUGAGAUACGCCAACAGAGUGAAGGAGUUUGGGAUCAGUCCCUCCGACAUCCCCUUCUCUCAGGGGGGCGGCGGGCGCUCCGAGCUCUCUCCUACCUAUGAGUACGAUGACUUUGCUACCUCACCCAGCAGGGUGAAGGAGCUGAGCAUUGACCCCAUUGCGGUGAUGGAGGGGCGGUCCGCCGGACACUCGGUCAGUCAGCUGGACGUGUUGGAGGCGCAGUGGGGAGUGGGCAGCUCUCCUCAGAGAGACGAUCUCAAGCUACUCUGUGAACAAAACGAAGAGGAAGUGUCCCCGCAGCUCUUCAACUUCCAUGAGGUGGUGUCUCAGCUGGUGGAGAUGGAGGAGCAGGUUCUGGAGGACCACCGCGCCGUGUUUCAGGAGACCAUACGCUGGCUGGAGGAUGAGAAGGUUCUUCUGGAGAUGACUGAGGAAGUGGAUUAUGAUGUGGAAUCAUACGCCACUCAGCUUGAGCAAAUCCUGGAUCAGAAGAUCGAUGUGCUAAUAGAGCUCAGAGAUAAAGUGAAGUCUUUCCGCUCGGCUCUUCAGGAAGAGGAACAGGCCAGUAAGCAGAUCAACCCCAAACGCCCGCGAGCCCUGUAGCGCUACACAGCACCAGCAAACAAUCCCAUCAGCCCUCAGCUCAUCAGUGUAUCUACAGGUGUAACUUGUAUGUGAUGUGACGGUUUCUUUCAUCUGACAAAAGCACAUUUUAAUUGUAUAGAUUUAAGUUCUUACUAAACUGAAUGAUGAGUUUAAGGCAAUGAGAGGGUGUACGGUGAGCUAAUGCAUGACCAGACCAGCUCUGCAUCAUCAUCAUCAUCAUCUGACUGGACCGCGUGUGUGAAGCCUGUAACUGUCAUUGACUCAUGACAUUUCAUAUACAUAUACCCGCUCAUCUAUAACAGUUUGCCAGGUAAUGAAAUGCCAUUAUUUCCAUCCCAAUGAAAAAGAGUGAAUAAUCUUAGAAAUAGUUACAAUUAGGGAUGCACUGAUAUGGCCAUUUCGACCAGUUAUUUUUACAGCUACUAAAUAAGGAGGUAAUUGCAAUUUCUUAUCUAAAAAUCAGAUUUUUUUCAGUUCCACCAUAUUUAGGCUAGUUUGUAUCCCGAAAUUGUUAAUAUCACAAAAUUGUGACUUUUUUUUUUUUAAUCUCACAAUAUUUUUUUAUUUUUUUUGGAUUGCUAAACGACAGUGAGCACCACUAGAGCUACAUGUGCAGAACUCUAACUACAGUAUGCACUAGCAACAGUCACCUGAGCUAAACAGUUCACAUCACCUGCAAAACUCAUUCCAAGCAACACAACUCUUAAGGGCCGUUUCAUAGUCAACGCAUCUGUACGCAUACGCGUCCCGAGCCUACGUAUCGUUAUGCUUCGGCCGCCAUUAUGUGUCGGUGCGUAGCCAAAUGUGUCGUCCUGCCGAUGUCCUGCCGAUGUACGCAAUACUAUGCGUUGUCGGUGGGGGCGACAUUGCAAGUAUUGUACAAUAAUUCAAGUAUAUUUUGUUUACAGAAGAAGAAGGUUUGAAUACAAUGGCGGGCGAAGAAGAAAAAUUAGUGAGUGAGUGUCCGGUAGAAAGCAGACGACUUGUGAAAGCAAUUCAUCCAAUUUUGGCGCGACAUCCUAAAAUACUGGAAAUGUCUCUCCUCGUCCAGGCUCCCCAUCCUGAUCUCUUU